AAUCAAACUGCAGGUCUGCGCGCUCCAGCCAAUCAGCGGCAAGCUGAGGUGAGUGUCCGCCAAUCAGGUGCGAGCUGCCGCACUCACUUUGUGACGUAGCCUCGGAGUUUCACAGUGGAACGGCCGGCGUGUUCGGGGAUACAGUGUAUCAGUGCGGGGUUCGGGCCGUACCAUGGCGCUGAUAGGGGGGCGUCCUGUUAUUGGGGAGCCCGUUCCCAGCACGCAGGGGUUACCCCGAGCCUUCCUGCACAGCCUGCGGACCCUCUUCGAUAUCCUGGAUGACCGGCGCCGGGGUUCGGUCCAUAUCCAGGAGAUAGAGACCCGGUGGCAGGGUGCGGACACCCGGGAUUUGCCCCCCGGGGUGCUGCAGUGCCUGCGGCAGGUGGCGCCCCCUGACGGGUACCUGACUUUCGAUCGCUUUGUCCACGGGCUCCGGACUUCAAUGCUCAAUUCCCAGAACAGGGAGAACUGGCAGGCGGGGGUCCCCAGGGGCCCCGUGAAACUCCCAGGGAAGGGCUAUGUUUGUAAACCUGCCCCCCUGGGGGUUCGGUACAUGAACGGGACACGGGAGCCCACCGGGGGGUACGAGAUCUCAACGGCUGCCUACCGGGGAGAAGCGGACAGAAACGGGGUGCAGCCCCCCCCUGAGCGACCCAGGCAAGGGGGGGAGUUGCGGCCCAUGGGCCGGUCACACAGCGAGACCGCCGGCGAGGGAAUGAAGGACCAAUGCAGGCACCAGCGCAGCCGCGGGGAGCACCGGCGACACACCAUCACCAACGGGGUGGAUUAUAGUGUGCUGAAGAAGAUGAAGGAGAUGGAGCAAGAAAAGGACUUUCUGAUCCAGGGUCUGGAGAUGGUGGAGCGCGCCCGGGACUGGUACCUCCAGCAGAUCCAGAUGGUCCAGGAGCAGCAGAGGAACCUCAGCCAGUCCCACGCGGAUCGUUUACCCGACGGGGCGUUCGGAUCGCUGAAUUCUUUCCUCCCCAAACUCCAGGAAGUCAAUCGAUGUCUCAAUGAUCUCGUCUGUCCUGGCAAGGUUGGUGUAGCCCCUCCGCCCGCGGCCCCCGGGCCCCCGCCGCCUGUGGCACCAAUGGUGAAGCAGCAGGCGAUCAACAUGUUGAAGGAACAGAACCGGCUGCUGACCAAGGAGGUCUCUGAGAAGAGCGACCGGAUCACGCAGCUGGAGCAGGAGAAGUCGGCUUUAAUCAAGCAGCUGUUCGAAGCGCGGGCUCGGAGUCACCAGGAGAGCGGCCCCAUGGACUCCACUUUUAUUUAGGGUCCUCUGACCCCCCCCCCUCACUGGUAGAGGGGAGUUUUGCACAUCUGGAGCGGAGCCCGCGGAGGCGUCGGACGGUAACUCCAGGGCUCAGUUUCAGCGUCGCUGUGAUCUCUGCUGCUUCGUUGUAUCGGUACGCACUCCAUCACGCUGUCAGGGGGCACUGAAGGGGUUAACGAUGCAGCCACUUCGCUAGCCUGCAGUUUCUGUAAGUAGCCGUUUACUUACCAGGCGAAUGGUUGCAUCAGAGCGCCCCCUGGUGGCAACUUGUUAAUACUGUUUUUUUUCUUGUAAAUAAUAAAAGAUUUUUUCCUCCCCACUCCUUAACUCUUAAGGCCGGGGGAGGGGAUCAUUACAUAAACUGAAAACGUGCAGCGACUCGUCGGAAGCCUUAUGU